UGGGAGGGGAGGAGUCACGUGCCUGGCAGUACCGCCGCGGUCGGUUUGGAAUCCUGGCGCUGUUUGAAUGCGGCGCGCGGUGUGUCCCCUCCCCGUCACACACAGCGGCCGCCGGGGGAUCGUCUGACCGAGGGAGGUCUUCCUCACACUGUCGUUAUUGAUUUACCCCUUCUAAAAAUGAGUUUGCGACUUUGAGGAGCGGUUGGUGUAUGUUUGUGCAGGAGUAUGACAGGUUGGCCAUGGUCUUCAAUUCAUUGCUGAAGUUGGUUCAGAGGCAGACCUAUACCUGUCUAUCCCAUCAAUAUGGCCUGUACCUCUGCUUUGGCGGAUUAGUGCUCAUGAUUGUGUCAGGCUUUCAGUUUGGAGAGGUUGUCUUGGAAUGGAGCAGAGACCAAUAUCAUGUCAUGUUUGAUUCUUAUCGUGACAAUAUGGCUGGAAAAUCAUUCCAAAAUAGGUUGUGUCUGCCAAUGCCAAUUGAUGUGGUCUAUACAUGGGUGAAUGGUACAGAUCCAGGUUUGCUGAAGGAACUACACGAAGUAAGAGAACAGAUGAAGAAUGACCAGCAAGCACUGAAAGAGAGUCUUGGAAAUGCCACAGAAGCCACUAAGCAAAGUGAGAAGCAACCAGAAUGCUUGUUAUCGCAAUGCGUGAAGGGGCCAAUGAUUGUUUUGGAUCCGAGUUUACCAGCAAAUAUUACCAUCAAGGAACUGCCUUUGCUCUACCCUUUCUUUCAGGCUGUGAAACAUGUAUUGCAAAUACCAAAACUGAAAAAUCCAUCGUCCAAUAUUACUGUAAUUAUGUUUGAUAAUCUAAAAGAAGUGGAUGACACACUUUCAGCAAUACAAAAGCAAAAUGAUAAACUUCUGGGCUGGAGAGGCUAUCUGACCACAGAUAAAGAAUCUCCCGGGUCAGUCUUAAUGCAGAAUCUUGCUUUUUUAAGUGGGUUUCCUGCAUCAUGCAAAGAGGAAGAACAACUUCGAGCCAAACUCCCACCAGUUGUUACUGACAAAAUGAAGCAGCUGCAGUUGUAUUCUGAAACUGGUGUUGUGUUACUGCUACUUAACGAUCCCAAAGAUUUUGUGGAACUAACUAAACAACCUAAGAAUAACAUGACGAUAGAAGGGAAAGAGAUCACAAUUAGUCCUGUAUAUUUACUGUGGGAUCUCAGCACUAUCAGUCAGUCCAAGCAGGAUGAUGAUAUUUCGGCCAGUCGGUUCGAGGAUAAUGAAGAACUACGAUACUCUUUGCGCUCUGUGGAGAGAUAUGCACCUUGGAUUCGGCACGUCUUUAUUGUGACAAAUGGUCAAAUCCCUUCCUGGUUAAACUUGGACAAUCCUCGUGUUACAAUAGUAACACACCAGGAAAUUUUCAGAAAUGUUAGCCAUUUGCCCACAUUCAGUUCCCCAGCUAUUGAAACGCACCUACAUCGAAUACCGGGUCUUUCUCAAAAGUUCAUUUAUCUAAAUGAUGAUGUAAUGUUUGGAAAGGAAGUGUGGCCUGAUGAUUUCUACUCUCAUUCUAAUGGACAAAAGGUUUAUCUCACGUGGCCAGUUCCAAAUUGCGCCGAUGGAUGUCCAGGGUCCUGGAUUAAAGAUGGCUACUGUGAUAAAGCUUGCAAUAAUUCAGCCUGUGAUUGGGAUGGAGGUGAUUGCCUUGGUAACACUGCAGGUCCUCGUGGUGGUGGUGCCGGAGGAGUGCUGAAUGUACAGGCCUGGCAGUUUGCUGCAGGGCUCCCUGGAGUAACGUAUUGCAACCAAGGUUGUGCCAACUCCUGGCUGGCUGACAAGUUUUGUGAUCAAGCUUGUAAUGUCUUAUCAUGUGGAUUUGAUGCUGGUGAUUGUGGGGAAGAACACUUUGACCAGAUGUAUGAUGUAAAUCUCCACCUUAAUCAGACUCAUUACGUGCUUCCGAAAGGUGAGGCCUUGCCUUAUUUCCGUUUUGGGGCCUUGGCAAACAAAAUUACAGAGGCUUCGUUUACUGAUAAUGUUGUAGUUCGCCAUGCUUCUGUGGCUAACAAAUGGAAGACUAUUCACUUGAUCAUGCACGGAGGAAUGAAUGCAACUACAAUCCAUUUCAAUUUGACUUUGCUGGAUAAAAAUGACAAGGAGUUUAAAAUGCACUUCACUGUAGAAGCUGAUACCAGAGAAGAUCAGAAAUCAAACCAAACUGUCAAUUCGAAGAAGCAAGAAAAGACUAUAAAUUACACUGAAGCACCGCUAGAAAUGGAAAUUCAAUUCAAAGAUAUUGCUGAAGAGCUACAAUUUCCCAAAAUCCGCGAAAGGACUUUAGAUGAGUUGAAUAUCAGUCUUCUAAUGGAUCUUCAGUUUAUUAACACAUCUCUACUGCCUGUUGAUGUUCAGAAAGAAUUAAAAGAAUUGGAUACAAAACUAGAAACUGGUGAUAUCACACUUAAAGGGUACAAUCGAACAAAGGUGUUGAUUUUGGAACCAUUCAGAAAGCUUGCACAUUUUUCACAACAAAAUGGUAAUAAAUAUAUUGUCCAACAUCCAAAACAUAUUGCUUUGGAAAAGAAUGUAGGCUUGUUGGAAAGAGAAGUUGCUGGUGAAGGACAUAUUGAAGAUGAUGAUGCUAAGAAUCACCUAACAGAAAAACAAAUUGAGAAUGGGCGGGUUGGAAGAAAUGAACAAGCCAGUGAUCAAGUGACUCUAAAUUCCUUGCUUUCAAUGAAAAUAAACAAUCUAUUAAAAAGCCCUUCUAAAAAUGCACCAGAACUCCAAAAAUCUGACGUCAGACCUAUGACAUCACAGAAAAUACUUAAUAUCCUUAUACCAAAUGAUAGCAGCAAGUUAAAACAAGAUCAGAAUGUGAGGGCAAUAGAAAAGAACUUCAAGCCCCAAGAGCAAAGAUUCCUAAGAGAAGCUAAUCCUGACACUGCAAAUACAGAAAUAAAAAGCAGCCCAGGAAAUGUCAAUAGAAAGCUGCAGUAUUACACUGGGAGUGAUGUUGGCUUUUUACCUUGGGAAAAGCAAGGAUAUUUCCAGGAUCUAGUAGAAGAGGAUGCAAAACUGGAAAAAGCACUUGCAUACCACACUGACAGUAAGCACGUGGGAAGAAAACUUAGAGACACAUUUGCAGAUUCACUGCGCUAUGUAAAUAAACUUCUUAAUACUAAGUUUGGAUUUGCUUCUAGAAAAGUUCCUGCCCAUAUGCCUCAUAUGAUUGACCGGAUUAUCAUGGAUGAUCUUCAGGCUAUGUUUCCAGAAGCAUUUGACAAGACUUCUAACCAUAAAGUGCGUCAUUCUGAAGACAUGCAGUUUGCAUUUUCAUAUUUUUAUUAUGUAAUGAGUGCACUGCAGCCGUUAAACCUUUCUGAUGUUUUUGAUGAAGUCGACACUGAUCGAUCGGGAAUCCUUUCUGAUCGAGAAAUCCGAACGCUAGCAACUAGGAUUCAUGAGCUCCCACUGAGCUUGCAGGACCUAACUGGUCUGGAACAGAUGCUGAUCAAUUGCUCCAAGAUGCUUCCCACAAAUGCUACUCAAAUUGAUAAAGUACCACCCACUCUGGAGGCAUAUUAUGAUCCAAACCUGCCGCCAGUGACCAAAGGACUUGUAAUGAACUGCAAACCCAUUACUGACCGUAUUCGCAAAGCUUACAAGGAUAAAAAUAAGUACAAAUUUGAAAUCAUGGGAGAAGAGGAGAUUGCCUUUAAAAUGAUUCGUACUAAUGUUUCUCAUGUUGUUGGUCAACUGGAUGACAUCAGAAGAAACCCAAGGAAGUUUAUUUGUUUAAAUGACAACAUUGACCACAAUCAUAAGGAUGGCGCUACAGUGAAGGCUGUUCUUCGAGAUUUCUAUGAGUCAUUAUUCCCUGUGCCAUCCCAGUUUGAAUUACCAAGGGAGUACCGUAACAGAUUUCUCCAUAUGCACGAGCUUCGGGAAUGGAGGGCUUACAGAGAUAAGUUGAAGUUUUGGACACACUGUGUGCUGGUGACACUAAUUAUCUUCACAGUUUCUUCUUUCUUUGCUGAACAGUUGAUUGCACUAAAGCGAAAAGUUUUUCCAAGGAGACGGGUGUACAUGAAUGUUGCUCCAGAUCGAAGCAGUGUGUAGAAAAUGAGAACACAGAUGUCCCUCAGAUCCUAAUAUAGAAUUCGGACAGCUGGCCAGCAACAAUGAAAAACAUUCUGGGGGCGAUUAUUCACCGAAUGAAAAUAAAUCUGAACAAUUGAAUGAAGGAAAUCAACAAGAAUCUGUGAAUGUACCAAAGGGGAAGAAUUCUUCACUAAUCACCAUGUUAUUAACCUGAAAUGUACAGCUCCAGAAAAUGAGGAUCUUUGCAGAACAGAGGUGGUGAGAUCUCCGUUGUUGGUUGUCGGCUGUCUGGGUUUAGCAGUAUUUAGACCCUUGACAUUUUAACCUGAACCAAAAGUUAUUGGAAGCAAGCCGAUAAGUCAAAAGAACAUGUCACCAGGAAACAACGGUCAAACCUGAGCUUGCAAAGGAAAUUGGUGGACCUACUUUCUAAAUCAGUUAUUCAAGUGCCAUUCCAUGCCAAAUGAACUGACAUCCUUCAUGGAAUAAUAUUGUGGGUGGUGGGUUGGGCGACUGCACUAUAAAAGAACACAAAUACCUUUUCUCCAUGUGUUAAGUUGUGAAAGAAAAAUAUUGUGGCAUUUCUUUGCAGUGACCACAAAGGUUACAAAGAGCAAGAUGGAAACAUGCAUUAAUGAUGCUGGCUUGGUAUUUGCAGUGUACACUCCAGUAACUGUGGGGAAACAAUAUAUUUUAUCACACUCCUGCAGAUGUACAAGAUGUGUUGUAUUAUAGGUCCUUUAUGAUAUUAGAAUUCUAUCCAACUGAAUUGUCGACACUGCACUGUGCCCUUUGAAUGCAGCACACAUGCUGACCUGCUAUAACAGCGUUUUUGUUGCUGUCCCUCCAAUUUUUACAUAAAAUGUCACUAAAUAUAUUUUAACAGUCAUUAGGUAGUACUUAUUGAGUAUAAAAGAAGAAUCUAAUCUUCCCAUUAGUUACUCAUUCACCACACCUCACAGAAAUUCCCAAGUGCCUGUCUUAGUAUUAGAUAUUUAUUUAUUUUAGAGAAGGUGGUUUCAACUUUUAUGAAUUGGCUAAAAAUAAAUUUAUUCAUGUUUGUUUAAGUUAAUCCAUUUUUCAAGGGGAAAUGUUUUAUCCCUUAAGUAGCAGAGACCAAUCCCAUUGAAAUGUAAGAAAAUGCACAAUUCUUUAAACUUUUGGUCUUGGAUUUAAAAUCAGGUUUUGACAACAAGAAAUUUAAAAAAACAUAUUUGAUUAGAAUCAUCAGGAGCACAUAGCAGUCUUUGAUCUCUAAGUCACAGACGGCACUUAACUAGGAUAACUUUUCUCUCCUUUUAUCAUUUUGCUUGGUAGGAUGUCAUUCUUUUUCUACAUAAAUUCUUGAAAUUGACACAAAUCCUUAAAUAGCUGUUUUAAAGCAGUAAAAGAUACCCAGAAUAUCUCUCCAACAUGACCCUUUAGUCAUUUGUUAUUUUUAGUAACGAUGCCUUCAUUGGUUUGAAAAUGUGGAGAAGGUCUUACUGCCAUUUGUGGCAAUUCAUCAGAUUAACCCAUUUGACAUCCUUUGAACCAAUCAUAACCCAUUCAGCCUUGUCAUAAAUCUGAUCAGAGCAGACUAGCUGCAAUCACACAGCUUUGACAGAAUGUAGUGCAGCUGUUUGUAAAUCUAGUCUUUUCCUUUUUGUGAAGGUCAUGCUGUGUGAGUUCUUUUUAAAAGAACUGUUGCACAUUUUAAAGGUAGAAAUGUCACUCUGUAAAUAGGGAAUUUGUGAAAAAAGCUUAUUGAAUUUUGCAGAAUUAAGUUUAGAUUCAAAGUAUCACUGAACAAAUGUGAUGUCUUGAGUAUUUGAAUGAUGAAAUCUUCGGUUGUGUAAAAAUGUAUGCUACACUGUUGCAAAAUUAGAAGGAAUCUGUCUUGUGCCUGCACAAAAACUGAAAUGCACUCUUCGGACAAAAGUGGAAUAUUACAGAUUCUGGAAAUCUGAAAUAAAUACAAAAUGUUGGAAAUGUUA